UAAACCUUCAUUCUCAUUUCUUCCGCGAAAACAAAAUCCGCAGGGACAACGUAAGAUUCCCGCAUUCGUACGCUUAUGCGCUUGUGAUUUUAAAAUUUGCCGGAAGUCACUCUCGAACUCCGAGCCAGGCCGGCAGCUCGGCAUCCCUCUUUCUCCAUCUCCGCCCGGAACUCCGGAAGUCAACCUUUCCCUCGCCAACAAUGCCCCGAAAGCAGAAGAUUCCAGUAGAGGCGAAAGACCUAACCCGCUUCCUCAACUCCACUGUCGGCAGCUUCGUGCUAGACCGACUCCUCGACCGCGACCGCCGCCUCCGCCACAAAGAAGACUGCGCCGAGCGUCUCGCCGCCGCCGCCUCAGCCGGAAACGAGGUCGGAUAUGCCGAUCAGGCAGUCCUUGCGAACCUUGAUUGGGGCAUCGAUGCUCUCGAGGAUGCCAUCGCCACAUCCAAUCAUGAGGCUAAGCUCGCUCGCCUCGACCACGCCGAGCGGAUGCUUCAGGUCUGCGCCAUGCUUGAUCCCGUUGGCUCAACGGCCGGCGUUCCAAACUCCUAUCUCUGUGCCUGGGCCCAUCUCCAUCUCGCCUGCCUCUCGCGCCUCCGUGAUAACGCUACCGUCUCGCGGGCUGCUACACUACACGCGCUCGAGAUGUUCGAUGUUGAACCCUUUUUCGCCCGCACGGAUUUCGCGCCUGACCUUUGGGAGUCGAUGUUCCUGCCGCACAUGGCGUCUAUCGUGGGAUGGUACUCAGAAGCGCGACAUCGGAUCGUAAUGGAGGUGAUUCCGGACGCGGCGGAUCUCUCGAUGACGACGGCUGAUUUCGGAGAGCAGCUGUUUAACGAGUCGGUGGUGGCGGCGGUGAGGCCUGACCAAGCGGAGAACCUGCGCGAGUUAGAGAUGGAGUAUGGGGAGUCGCUUGAUCGGAGCACGAGGGUAUACGCCAAGUAUUACAAGGAGAUUCUCAGCCAUGAGUCGCCGGAGAUGCAGACAUCUACUGGUAGAAAGGGCAUGCCGGCGCUGCCGCCGAUCGCCGAGCCGCCAGUGACGCCGCAGCACGAGGUUAGCCGCUCGAUCCCCGAUUUCGUCAAGUUCGGGCCCAUCUUGCCGAAAAGCGCCGGCUUUGCAUUCGGGAAGAGGGACGCCGGGGACAGGGUGGGCUCCAGUCAUGAUAGGAUGGGUGCGGUGCCAGAUUCUUCACAGGAACAUAAUAACUUCAAUAGACAGACCUUGAAGGAGGACUUCCCUGAGGCGAAUUAUGAUACUAGUGAUUUUGAUGGCAGUUUUGCUAAUGUGGAUUUUGAUUUUCCUACUUUAAAAAAACUGUCUUCUGAAAAUAUGAUAUCAAUGGCAGACAAGGGAAGCAUCACCAAGGUCAGAUCACCAAAAAAGGAUCAGUUUGUUUCAGCGAAAAAUUCAUCAUUGGAAUCUCCUAGGGCUCCUAGACUCGCGCUUCCUAAAUCACUUGCUUUUUCCAAGAAAGAGUUGGAGCAACCUGUUCAUGGUGCAGCCAAUAAAAUCAGUAGUUCUGCACACAAGAAGUUUGCCUCAGUGGACCACCAGCUCAAGGCAUCCUCUCCAAGGAGUUCACCUGUAAGGCUUCAAAGAAAAGCAGAACAACGGGCAAUACAUAUCUCAAGUCUCUCUUCAACUUUAUCUCCAUCUUUCGGGAGUAUCUCAGAUGAAUCUGAUGAUGAUUUGGAAAUUCGUAGUUGCAGCAACAGCCCUUGCAGGGUUGUGAAGUCUUUAACCAGCCUAACAACUAAUAUGCAUUUAUCAGCUCCCAGUUUACAUUCCAAAGCAGAAGAAGCAAACACUAUAAAUAGUUCUUCUGUAGAAAAGGCAAUGCAAAGAACAAAAUCACCAAAGGAUUUUGUAUGCCCCAUCACUGGGCAUCUAUUCAAUGAUCCGGUAACUCUAGAAACAGGUCAGACAUAUGAGAGAAAAGCAAUUCAAGAAUGGUUGAAGAGAGGAAACACAACAUGCCCAAUCACUCGUCAAUCUCUCUCUUCAAAUGUUCUGCCCAAAACCAAUUAUGUUUUAAAAAGGCUGAUUACAACCUGGAUGGAGCAAAAUCCUGAUAUUGCAUUAGAGUUCUCAUACAUGGAGACACCUACCGCUUCUCCCAGACCUGUCUUUUCAAAGGAGCAGCUUUUGGAGUCCAACACCACAGUUGAUCUAGAAUGUCCUCUCUCUUUAUCUAGGCCCAAUACUAUGAAAAAUGAGAAAAGAAGUAAACGUUUCAUGAGAGGCCCAUCUACUUCACCAAGAAGUGUAAUAUCCCAAGCUGCUAGUGAAACAGUAAUGAAUGCCUUGAAGACAUAUGCCUCCUGUCUCUGUACUUCAGAGGACCUGCAAGAAUGUGAAGCAGCUGUCCUGAAAAUAGCUCGGCUAUGGAAGGAAUCGAAGUCUAACACAGGAGUUCAAGCUUUUCUAUCUUCACCAACAAUAUUGAAUGGAUUUCUGGAAAUCCUAUCAGCUUCUACCAAUAGGGAAGCUCUUAGAGCUUCUGUUUACAUUCUUUCCGAACUUAUUUUGGCAGAUGAAAGUAUAGCUGAAAUACUUAGUAAUGUGGACUCAGAUUUUGACUGCCUCUCUGCUUUGCUUCUUAAUGGACUGGCUGAGUCUGCUGUUCUCAUAUGCCAACUGCGACCCACAUUCUCUCAGAUUUCGGGCCAUGAUAUUGUGCAAUCCUUAGUUCAAGUAAUAAUGAGCAAAGGAGAACAUGUGGAUGACUUCAGUUGUGCAAUGGAGCCAAAGAAUGCAGCAAUAUCAUUGUUAGAGCAAUUACUAUCUGGGGGAGAUGAGACUAACCGUUCAAUAAAUGCUUCAUUUGUUAUUUCAGCAAAUGGACUUCCUGCUCUUAUCAAGUGCUUGGAUCAAAUGGAAGGAAGGGCCUCUGUUGUAUCAAUACUUGUAAGUUGUAUGAAUGCUGAUAAACGCUGUAGAAAUUUGAUUGCAGGGAGGGCUGACUUGUCCCCUGUUCUGGAACUAUUUCAUGCUGGGAAUGACAAUACAAGGAGCGUAUGCAUUGAUUUUAUCUCAAACAUUAUUUGUUUGAAAAGGAGGACGUUCUGUAAUCAGAUUUUACAGAUAAUUAAAGAUGAGGGAGCAUUUAGUAGUAUGCACUCCUUUCUAGUCUAUCUUCAAAUGGCUCCAAUUGAGCAGCAGCCAUUGGUUGCUAGCCUCCUUCUCCAGCUUGAUCUUCUGGUUGAACCUCGAAAGACAAGCAUUUACAGGGAUGAAGCUAUUGAUUCAAUAAUAGAAGCUCUUAAAACAAAAGAUUUUCCUCUUUGCCAAAUCAUUGCUCUAGAGACAUUAUUUUCUCUGACUGGGCGGUUGAAUGCUUCAGGGGAGCCUAUAACUGAAGCAUGGUUAUUGAAGAUUGCUGGGGUUUAUCAGCUAAAUAGCAUCUUGAAGGAUGAAGAAGAAGACGGAAUCUCUAUUGAUGUCGUGGAAUCAAAUGUGGAAGAGGAAGCAAAAGCUAUGAGUAUUUGGGAGAGAAGAGUGGCCUUUGUACUAUGUAAUCAUGAAAAUGGUGCGAUUUUUAAGGCACUGGAGGAAUGUCUAAUGAGCAAGUCCAUGGAGAUGACCAAGUCAUGUCUUGUUAUUGCUACAUGGCUCAUACAUAUCCUCAACAUUCUUCCAGAUACUGGUGUGAGAGUUAUUGCAAGUCGCUGUUUACUUGAUCACUUGUUAGAUAUCCUUGAAUCAUCUAAAAGCAUGGAGGAGAAAGUCCUUGCCACCUUGGCUUUGAAAAACUUGUUUAGUGAUCCAGAUUUAGAUAAAGGAGUUGUAGCGUAUGCAAAGCGAAUUUACAAGCCUUUGAAGAAACUUAAAAGGUAUUCUUCACUGGUUGCGGAAACCCUGAAAGAAAUAAUGAACUUGCCAUCUGUUGACACGUCAGAAUUCUGGUCUUGUGCGGAAUUAUUUGAGAUAGACUCAACUUUUAAUGGUGAGGUAUUGUCCCUGGUUCAUUCGAGAGGUCGGCUCUUUAGCAGCCACUCUGAUGGAACUAUUAAGGUGUGGGAUGUUGGGAAGAGGGGAUGGCAGUUGAUUCAAGAAGUUCAAGGACACUUGAAGGCGGUUACUGGCCUUCAUAUUCCUCUAUCAAGUGAUAGAUUAUACAGUUGUUCUCUUGAUAAAACCAUCCGAGUCUGGACAACUGAACCAGAAAUUCAUAGCCUUCAGGUUUAUGACAUGAAAGAACCAGUUCACUGCUUGACUGCUAAUGCCAGUAUUUUGUGUUUCUCAUCUCAAGGAUCAAGCGCCAAGAUCUCUAACUGGAUUGGCAUGCCAAAGCAAGUUAACGUCAGCAAAAAUGUGAAAUGCAUGGCCAUGACAAAUGAAAGUUUAUAUUGUGGCUGCACUGGCUACAGCAUCCAGGAAGUAGAUCUGAAGAGGUAUACAUCAAAUACAUUUUAUUCAGGAACAAGGAAAUUGUUGGGCAAACAGACUAUACAUGCCCUCUGCAUUCAAGAUGGUGUUCUCUUUGCUGGCGGGUCUUCUGUUGAUGGAAUCGCUGGGAAGGUAUUCUCUUUGACAACAAAAACCGCAAUAGGAUCUUUUAUGACAAAUUCGGACAUCCACAGUAUCGCUGUAAACGAUGAUUUUGUUUUCACUGGUACUAAAAAUGGAUUCAUUGAAGUUUGGAUGAAGGAUAGAUUGAUAAGAAUUGGCUAUCUCAAAGUAGGAAAUACAGGAAAUACAAAGGUUACAUCUCUGGUAUCAGAUUCUGAAGGAGAAAUGCUGUUUUCAGGUUCUUCUGAUGGAAAAAUUAAGGUUUGGACUCUUGACUGAGAACAAUAGCUGUUCUUCCUUCACAAGAAAUUUCCUUUGGGAUGAAGGUGGAUUGAACCAGAGGAACAAUGAUCUAUUUGAGCUCACCAACAGAAUCUUAUUUCACAGUAAGCUUUUGUUUCUUCCACAUUUGCUUAAUAAUUUUCAUGUUUUGAUGGGCUUACAGAGUUCUGUAAAUGAAAUUUUGCAUGCUUUUCAUCCGACACUUUGAAAUGUUAAUAAAUUCAAAAAGCCAUUGUUUAAGGCAAUACCCAUCUUAAUAUAUGUACAUAUUUGUUCUGUAGAUGA